CAAUACCAAGAGCACAUGACUUUAUUUCACUCAACAAAAUGGACGUGUCGUAUUCGGAAUAAAAAAUCCAGUGGCCCAUAGGAUAUAAUAAUAUUUAUUUUUUAUUUUUUUCAUAUUAGAUUUAUUGUAAAAAUGGCAACUCUGAUACGCACGGUCUGGAAAGGAUACGGUUUUAUUUUUGAUGAAAUAGCAGAUCCAAGAACAAAAACAUGGCCUCUUGCUGCAAAACCGUACCAAGCGUUAGCAAUAUUAGCAGUAUAUUUAUUAUUUGUAUUGAAAAUUGGACCUAAUUUCAUGAAAAACAGACAACCAUUCAAUGUGGAGAAGUUAAUGAUACUACAUAACUUGAGUCAAGUCAUAGCUUGCACUUAUGUCUUUUAUGAGACAGUAGUGUACGCGUGGGGUUGGAAAUACAAAUGGAUCUGUGAGCCUAUAGAUUUCAGCAAUACCCCAGAUUCUCUUAACGUGGCUGGCUUUGUUUAUCAUUAUUACAUUCUUAAAUAUCUGGAUCUUCUUGAUACGAUAUUUUUCAUUCUAAGAAAAAAGACAAAUCAAGUUUCAUUUCUACAUAUUUAUCAUCACACUGGCAUGGUAAUGCUGACUUGGGGAGCAGUAACGUAUUUUCCAGGUGGUCAUGGCACAUUGAUUGGAAUGGUGAAUUCAUUUGUGCAUAUUGUUAUGUAUGGCUAUUAUCUUCUCACCGUGAUUGUUCCAAGCACCAAAAAUUCAGUUUGGUUAAAGAAACACAUCACACAAAUGCAAAUUAUCCAACUAGCAUGGUGCUGCUUACACAUGGGUAUUCUAGCAGUUAAAACUGACUGCCAAUACCCAAGAUGGGUAGCCUUAGUAUUCUUGCCAAACGAUUUAUUUAUGCUCACAUUAUUUAUUGAUUUUUAUAUUAAAUCAUACAUUUUAAAGCCCAGUGCUAAAAAAGCCAAACCCAACGAAGAACAAAAAGAAUGUGAAGAUGAGAAAGUUAACCACUCAAUUGAAGAUAUGAUAGUCCGACAACGCAAAAUGGCUUCUGAAAACCUACGUUAGCUUACAUUGUUUCUAACAAAUAAUAUAAUGAAUAGUAUUCUCUUAUUGCAGAUUGAUUCAAAAUUUGUAUAAAACUUUAUUUAGCUUUAUUAGUAACAUAUUUAGAACAAAAUAGAUGUUUUAGUGUAUUGUCUUGUAAUUAAUUCAUUGCAUUAAUUUUGCAUAGAUUGAGAUUUUCAUUUUACUGGCUUGAUUUAGAUGGAUUUGAUUAAAAAUUAAAUAAAAACAUAAAACACA